AUGUCCUCAUCACCAAACGAGUCAAAGGCUCUGUGUGACUACCUCGGGAUAGAGGAUGAGGUGGACUAUGGUAGCGAUACCAGUGUCCGCGGUGCGAGCGCGCCACUAGCGCAGCAUGCAGCAUCUGGGUCUGAUGAGACUAUCAUCACGAACCCGCUCGAUGAGCAACAACAACUGCUUGUUCAAAGAGAAGAAAACGCUCAGCGUUAUGUACAAAUGGCUGCAACCCUUGAACGCCAGCGUGACUAUGUGUUCACCCCACCCAGUGUGGAGGAACGUCUACGUCAAGCGGCCGGCCAAACAUUGGCAACGUGGGUCAUUGGCCAUGGGCCUAAGACUCCUGAGAAGGUGGUGAGCUGCCAGGGACUUCGUGAGAGGUACCUGGAGCCGCACCUAACGACUCAAAGUCAAUACAAGGCACGCCUUGACAUGCAAGCACGUGGUGCACCGGUUCCACCGAUCAAGGGUAUACCCAUUCUUCUGCUCGCAGGCAAAACAGUGAGCAAAGAAGACGAUGCCUUUGUUCACUGGGUGCACUAUGUGCGUCACCUCAGCAACAUUUUUGCUCUAAGGGCUAGUGCCCAUGCGGCGGAUGUGCGUCUCGAACGCAAGCUUCGGUAUGAUUAUGCCAAGCUUAAGGCCAGAGGCCAAUUGCGCAAGCGCACGCGCUAUGCUUCGGCUACUAAGGUAGCCGCGAGUGCUGAUCAGUCUGUGGCCAACAACCCGCCAACCCGCACCACUAGUGGUGGGUAA